AUGAUGUUUAUCAACGCUUUCGUCGCCGCUGCCGUUCUAGCAGCUUCUGCGGUAACCGCAGUACCUUCCGCUCUUCCUUUAGACAAAGAAGUGGCGUCAAGAACAAUCCAGAUUUGCCGCAACAAAAAUUUAGCCUUCUGUGAUAAGGACGCCGAAGCCCCCCCUGCUUCUUGCGUCGAUCUCAUUCCGUAUAACGACAUCAUCACCUCUAUUGAUACCGGUAGCCUUACAUGCACGUUCUACAGUAAACACUGGUGCGAUUUGAGUGGCGAAUAUUUCGACCAUACCGGGGUAAUUGAUGACCUCGCCACCUACCCUGGACUGGAGCAAUGGGAUAAUGAUAUCUCUUCUUAUGAAUGCCAAUAA